GCCGCAGCAGCACCGGUAUGUGUGUUUGUGUUCGUAUGACAGCGAAAGAUUUCUGGGGAUGCAAGAGAGGUAGCCGUGUCUGACGGGAUGGCAGGGAUUAUAAAAAAGCAGAUUUUGAAGCAUUUGUCCAGGUUUACUAAGAACCUCUCCCCGGAUAAGAUAAACCUGAGCACGCUGAAGGGAGAGGGCCAGCUGUCCAACCUGGAACUGGAUGAGGAAGUCCUUCAGAACAUGCUGGAUCUGCCCACCUGGCUGGCCGUCACACGCGUCUACUGCAAUAAAGCUGCUAUACGGAUACAGUGGACAAAAUUGAAGACCAGCCCAAUAUGUUUGUUCCUGGACAAAGUAGAAGUUGAAAUGAUGACCUGUGAGGAACCCCGUCCCCCUAAUGGUCCCUCCCCUAUUGCUAUAACUGCAGGUCAAAGUGAGUAUGGCUUUGCCGAGAAAGUCGUAGAGGGAAUGUCUGUAAUCAUCAACUCCAUUAUUAUUAAAGUGCAAGCCCGAGCUUUCCAUGCCUCAUUUGAGCUCUGGCAGCUCCAGGGCUGCAGUCUCAAUCCCAAGUGGCAGAAGACUGACCUACGUAACACCCGCAUCACACAUCCCAAAAGAGGAGAGGUCUUAACAUUUAAAGAGAUCAACUGGCAGAGUCUGCGCAUUGAGGCAGAUGCAAUAGAGAGUGAGGAGCAGGAUCUGGGCAGCAUGCCACUCCGUCUCAUUACCAAUCAAGGCCGAAUACGGAUUGCUCUUAAACGCAGGGUGAAGGACUGUAAUGUAUUGGCGUCCAAGCUGAUGUUCAUAUUGGAUGACCUGUUGUGGGUUCUGACAGACUCCCAGCUUAAAGCCAUCAUCCAUUACGCCAAGUCUUUAAGUGAAGCCAUGGAGAAAUCUGCCCAGCAGAGGAAGAGCAUGGCUGCUGAGACACUACAGACUGCCCCUCCCUCUCCUGGAGUUCACUCUCUGUUGACUGAAGCUCCUCCCUCCCCUGCCGCCGGCACCCCCAGCACACCGGCCCAGUAUUUUGACCUCCAUGAUGUCAAAGAAUCCUCCUACCACACUUUCAUUUCCCGUCUUGAUCUGCAUAUCUGCAAUGAUAGCUCUUCAGAUCCUGAUGAUACUCCGCCUCCAGGCACCCUGGGUGCAAUGCAACUGACUUUCCGGAAGUUAGGCUUUGAUUACUACCCUUUCCACAGACCAGGUGAUGACUGUCGGCACUGGGAGCGUCACUGUGGGGCGAUGGAGUCUCGUGCGCAGUGGGUGGCCAAACUAUUACAGGAGUUUCAGAGGAGAGUGGAGGAUUCGGGUAUCCCUGGACCUUAUUCAGAAACACCGUUAUCUGCUAAAAAUUCUUCAGCCAAAAAAGUCAACAAAGAUGUGGAACACUUGUCAAAUUUUAGCCCUGAACGAGGUCAGACCUCACGGCGGGGUUCAGCAGCCGUAUCCCCCCUGAAGAGACUCCGCUCCAGCUGUAUGGUGCUCCGUGUCGAUGAUAUGGACAUCCAUCAGGUGUCAACUGGGGGGCGUCACAGCAAGAGAACGCAGUCUCUUCUAUCAUGUAACCGCAAGUCUUUGCAUCUGCCAGAUAACUCGCCUGCUAUUCACCUGCAGUUCACAGAAUACUAUUUUCCUGAUAACCCUGGACUUCCUGCACCCUGCUCUAACCUGUAUGGCCAGCUGAAUGGUCUACAACUGUGUUUGGAUGCUCCAAGUGUACUUUGGAUGACUCUGUUCUCACGAGGACUACACAGGACAUUGGAUCAGGUCAAAGCUUUUUACCAUCUCCAGGACAGCAGCAAAAGUGAUGAACAUAUCGAUAUUCGCCUAGAUGCAACACAGCUUAAGGUGAUCGUUCCUCUGGAGUCUUCCAUUUUGGAUCACCCAGACCGCCCUCAGUCACUGAGCAUCAGUCUGCCUCACAUCGUCCUAAGCAACACACGUCACUGUCCUCACGGUUCCCGCUCUGACCUCAACAGCACCUACAGUUGUUUUUCUAGCUCUCCCUUCUUUCAGUCCACUUUGUGCCAACCUUUCCCCCGUGAUCAGAGCAUCCUCCAUCCCCUUCCAUUGGCAUUUCUUCAACACUCUUUGGAAAACGACCACCUAUCUCUAAUUGACAGCCGUCCCUCUCGCUCACAGGACAUUUGGUCAAUCAGUCUGUCCCGAGUGGCUCUGGGAUUUGAAGGGGCUCGUCGAGGGCUCAAGGGAAAACCUCUCCCCUUUGUGGAGCCCUUUGCCUUGUCUUUGUGGAUGUGUCGCCCUACUGCCUUCAGAAAAGACUCUUGCGAACAGAGAGACCUAAAAUUCUCCUCAAUUUCUAUUAAAGACCCUCUCCCAGUCUCAUCAACGGGUAUUAAGGAAAAACUAUCUGAUCAAGUAGUCCAGACAGAAGAACUAGUUAGGCCUCCUAUGGCCUCCAUCCAUAUCUUGGCCCAGUCUAUCACUCCUUUCAAAAUGUGGCUCAACCACUACCAGUUUGUAGCGCUUUUAAGGAUGAAAGACUACCUCUCCCAACUGGCCCGAGACUUGAGCAAGGAUGGCCAGAGUUUGGGCCAUUUGGAAUGUUCACAUGCAGACUCCCCUGCAGUAUGCGUCUCAUUCUUGAUGGAGGCCAUGGAACUGACUCUGCUGCUUCCUCCUGCAGUAUGUGAGCCAGAAGAGGAAGUCCUGUCUCCAGAUGAAACGGAUACUCCCAGUCUGACAGACUCCGAUCUCUCAUUGCACCACCCCGGUGAGGAGGACAGUGGUCUGGGUCGGAGCGGGGCAGCGAUGGUUCAGGAGGAGGAUGAAGAGCAAGAGGGUUCAGUUGAGGAGGCUUGUGAAGCCAUUGAAGAGGGAAUGGAUGGAAAGACGUUUCAGGGUGACGAAGCUCAGCUCUCUGCCCAAUCUUCUCCACUUUCUCCCAGGAACCCUGCAUUACUCUCUCGGCAACCUUCUACUUUCAGCCUGGAAGGGGAGCUGUCCAGUGCCCUAAAUGCCACCAAGGGUGUUACUAAAGAUGCGCUCAAUGCCUCCCUGGAUCUCACCAAGGGGGCGCUGUCCAUCACAAAAGAUGCUUUUAGCAUCCUUAGCCGAGGAUCUGCAAUGUCUAAGCUCUUCACGCCUCAAAACAGCAGGCCAGAAGAGUCUAGCCCCACCUUCAUGGGGAAUCUGCGGCUACAGUCCAUAAAACAGUCACCAUCCCAGAAUUCCUACGACAGUGCCAUUCUAGAAGGGAGCCUGGCAGACGACGGCUUAUCCAUUGACAGUGACAUCAGUGAAAACUUUGUCAUCCUCAUGGACUCCGAGUCAGGUGUGGACUCUUUGCGUCCGAAUGGUAUGGCGGUCAACCCUGGCAGCUGUGUUAGUCCUGCACCUGGAACAGAAGGUGGAUCAUCAGCAGACCUUAGCAGUUCGCUCUCCCAGAGCACCGAAGACAUUGCCCAAGAUACAUAUUCAGUGUUAGUUCUGUGUCUAAGCCGAAUGGGUUGCCUGGCAGAGAAGCGUGGAGAAGACAUCAUAGUGGCGCUGGAGGCCAGAGAACUUGUGCCUAAACAACUUGGCAACCAUAAAGUCACAGAGCUGCUGACAGGACAGACGCUGAUGCAGGCUGGUUCUGCAUCUCCCAGCGCUCCGCUGUCCCCGGGCCCCCGAGCUCUUUCCUGCCCCCCAGCAGCAUCUCUCAGAUUGGAAAUGGGGCCCUGCGCGAGCAGACAUUCCCCUCUAUCGGAGAGCUUGGGGUUUAUGGAGAUGUGUUUGACGGGAUGCAGAGCAGAGCUUUUGGCUUCUACAUUAAACACUUUGGGUCCCUUCCUGGAGGAUGAGCUUAAGGCAGACAUACAGCCAAUGAGAUUAUGGCUGCAAGAAACUGCUAUUACACUUAAGGAUGAUGGUCCUCGUGUUUACCCGACUGCUCCUCAGCCAGUUCCCGUACUCUUUUCUCUGGAUGGAAUUGUGCUGGAGCGUUUAGAUGAUGGAAUUCUCAGAUUGCGACCGGCUACUCCGAGUCAGUCAGGGAUGGCUGACCAAUCCUGUUCUAAAGUUCAUGAGAAAAACAAGUCUCUGGAGUCCAAACUCGCCGAUGUCCAGUCUGCUCUCCAGAACGCUCUCUCUGAGCGCGAGCGCCUGCUACAGGAAAUCAGAAAACACAACCCCUCUUUCACCUUAUGAUGGAGAAAUAACCAGACCUCAAUUCAAGCAAGGCACCAGAUGUUUUCAAGAUGAACCAUAAGAGGUUUCUUUACCUUCAUUGACUCAAAAUUCUCCUCCAUCGUUUUCUGAAAUCUCAAUCAUGUCUUAGUGUAAGAUCAGAUAUCAUCUCUAGUUUAUCUUUGACUAUUCUUUACAAGUCUUCCUGUACAGUGACAUUUCUCUGUUUUUGAUGAACUACAUCAGUGCUAAGAUUGAACACAGAGACUCUUUCACUGCCAGAAACCUCUCCCUCCUCCACUAUUUCCCCACCUUUGUUCAGCAUAGUUCUUGCACAUGAUUGUUUGUUGCGAGUUUCACCACAGGGCCGUAAAACAUUAUAGGUACUACAGAUGUGUCCGAGAAAGUGUGUGGUACCACGGCUGGGCUGAUAGAUAAUAGUUUUUUUUUAUUUGUGUGCCGCCUACCUCGAUGGCAAUUCAAUACAUCAUAACCAUGAAAAUUGACGUCAUACACAUUGACAGCAAAAUUAUUAUUUUCAUGAUACCUCAACCUAUGCUGAUGAGAGGCUUGCAUUUGAAAAACACAAAUUUGAAAGAGUACAAAGACAUUUGUUCCUUUGUAUGUCAAGAAAUCACCAAGCAUAAUUUAUUCACCAUAAUGCCAUUGUAUGUGUAUAUGACUUUAUUUAUUCAGCCGUACACUUUUAAAGUUAGAUUUAUGAAAUAAUAUCUUGGCUCUUCCUAGCUUUGUAAUGGCAUUGAACAGCACACCAAAACGUUUGUGAUAGGAAAUGCUUUUUAUUUUGAGCAUAUUUAGUGUUUAAUUAAAAACACGCUGGAUCCGCGUCGAUACGUAAGACGAUCAAUGGUUCUCGUAAUUCUUGUGACAAGUCGUCUUAUGCUCCAUACACACCAAUCGCAAAGUAUCUUGUUCCUCGCUCUAUAUUACUCGCGGGAUUAAACUUCAUGCUAAUUUUUCGUUUGAGUUUAAUAUUUAGAUCUCGUCAAUUGCGCCGCCCAAUUCACGUCAUUCUCAUUGGCCUACAAAGACGCUCUUGAAGUGAAUAGCGCAUGUUUUUGCGCCAAUUGCGGCGCCAAAUUCACAUCAUCGCAUUGCCCCACGCGAGUUUGCGUCUAUUCACAUCUUUACAUUGACCUUUUAUGUAAUCUACUCGUGCAAGUUGAAUUCGCAUUUGGUGUGUACGCCCAUUAUGUGUGCCACGGGACACGUUUCAACCAAUAACGGAUCGAAAAGUUGAUCAAGUAUAAAUACUUAAACUGCUAAUUAUUUAAUUACGUAGUUCACUGUAAUGUAGAUAUUUGUGUGUACUAUGUAUAGCACAUAUCAUAGGGUUAGUUUAAUAUGUUAACCUCAAACAAACUAAAAUCAGCGAUGAGCAUUCGCAUGAUGCACACUAUUUGUAUAAGGUUAAUGUCAUGCUGCCUUUGAGUAGAAAGUUGACAGUGAGGCAACUCGGUAGUUUUUAAAACCAAACCUGUAAAGAUGUUUCAUUGUUUAUUGAUUGUAACAGUGUAUUGUACAGUGAAUUACUUAUGCUGCUGUUUAUCAGCAUUAAUGCAGUAUGUCAGAAUUUGCUGAUGUUUGUUUGUGUGAUUCAAGAGUGGAUUUAAAGACAAAAGCACUUUGAUAUCAAGUCACUGUAUCAUCAGUAUAUAUUGACCUUCAUCUGAGGUUCCUUGUACAACAGACAGUACUUUUGAAAACUAAAAGGUUAACGUCAUUGAGCCGAGAUCACCUCUGAUUCUAAUACGAUACUGGAGUGAAGCAUUUGUGCCAAGGCUAAUGUUGUACACAUGAAUUUUGUAGCCUUAUUUCAACAGCUUUUAUUUGAAUUGACCUAUGGCUAAACGCGAUGAGCCAAUCACAGUGCACAUAGCAACUCAAUACACUCGGACAUUCUUUACUUCCACGUCCAUUGAAACGCAUUGCAGUUAGUCAGUUUCAUAUGUUUUUCUUGUCAUUUUAAGUUUAAAAUGGUCAAACGGUGUGCAUGGGGGACAUGCAACUCCGACACUAGGUAUGGGCGACGGUGUGUAUUUUUAACCCUUUCCUGAGCCACAUCUUGACAGAGAUAAGUGUACGCUUAAUCCAGAUUAAGUUGUGCGGUAAACCACAACACCAACUAAACGUGGAUAAAUUAAACAAGGAUUUCUACAUCUGUUCUAAGCUAAGUCAACAACGUAUUUGACAUUAUCUCUAACGUAAUGUUAGCCUAACAUUAGAAAAUGUUAACGUUAGCUUCUAGCUGCGCUGUACGUCAUGUCACUUAGCUUCAUUAACGUAUCUGUAAAUAAUUGAGAUAAGAAAUGUUAUUUUUAAUAGCAAUGUUGUGCUGAAUGAUUCAUGUAAAUACUGUAGCACCAAACUAACGGAGAGGUACUCUUGGUAAAGAAACGUAUGCUGAAGCUUUUCAUCGAACUUCUCAACAAUAAAAUUAUUAAUAAUAUAACCCUCCAAUGCAUAGUUAAGGCCCUUUUGGUGACUUUGAGAUGAUAUAUAUAGUCUUUCUGUCUCCAAAAAUCAUCAAUUGCCUCCUGUGAAAUGUCUCCUACUGUGACAGCUGCCAUAGCGCCUUUCACCGAAUGUUGAUUGUUUGUCUGAGUGAGUGGAAGGGGCGUGGCUUAGCCAUAGGUCAAUUAUGGAGUCUGAAGUUUAUCCAGUAUUACAAGGGUCACGUGGCACUAUUAGGAGAGUUAUUUGUAACUGCAAUUUAUUUAAUGAAAACCGUUUGUUUAAUUAGAUUUUGUUUUUUAAGGAUGACACAUCAUAAAAAUCUUUUUUCAUGUUUAAGUGCUUUAAUUGGGUCCCCAGUGCUUCUAUCAACAAAAAAAUGUGAAAAAGAUCAACCCAGUAACUUAGUUUUUGUUAACCAUUCUCUGCAAGCAUGUGAAGAAAUAGGUCAUUAAAAUUUGGCUCCCCUUGUGAUGUCAAAAGGGGAUCUUAUUAUAAUAACACCGCCCCUUAAUCUGCACUAUCCAACCACAGCACUAAAGUUUAAUGCAGAGAGAGAAAAAAUAAUUGACAGCACAAUUGAGUUUCAAUUCAACCACCAUCAUUGUGACAGUGUUUGCACUUCAUCAGCUCAUUUGCAUUUUAAAGGACACACCCAUAAUGGCACAUUUUUGCUCACACCUACAAAGUGUCAAUUUUAACAUGUUAUAAUAAAUUAUCAAGAUGAUAUUUUGAGCUAUAGGUACGCUGGGGACACCAAAUAUUUAUUUAACAUCUUUAAAAGUCUUGUGAAAUGUCCACUUUAAUACUCCAGAUAAAUUUCUUUGAGGUACUUUAAUAAUCUUUAGUUGAACUUUUGAACAAAACAUUACGGGGUGGUUUCCCAAACAGGGUUUAGAUUAAUCCAGGACUAGGCCUUAGUUGUAUUAGGACAUUGAAGUAGUUUUUACAAACAAAUCUUACAAAUAAACAAUACUGGUGUGCUUCUUGUGACAAAACAAUGUCACUGAUAUAUGUUAAGAUGGGUCAUUACAAGGUGUUUUUAAAAUUAAGGCAGCUCAAACAUGAAUUUUAGUCUAAGACUAGGAUAAGACCUGUCUGGGAAACCGUGCCUAUAUAUAAUGUAUAUACAUAUUAACGUGGAUUUAUUCGAUUACUUAUCAAAAAAAUGCCCAUCUUAUAGUACCGAGUUUAGCGUUGUAAAGAUAAUGCAUUUAUUUUUUUGUACUUUAAACGUUUAAUGUUCAAAUGAGCUAAAAUGUUGGCAUGAAAAUCUGUAAAAUGUCCUGUAUGAACAAAUGUUUAAACUACAGGUGCUAAAUUGUACACUAUUUGUGCAAAUGUGACAGAAUUUUUGAGGUUAAAUCAGUAUUAUGGACUCUUUAUUAUGAUUAGAAUAGAAAAGAGAAACAUCAGGUUUGUCCUAAAUGAUCAGAAUGUCUGGUUAUAACACAAUUAUAACACAACCUACGUUGGUAGUAGUGUCCGAUAGCUUCAGUGUUAUUGUUUCCUCGUUUUUAUUUAAAUUCUUUUGUGAAAUAUGUAGCAUUUUAUGCACUUAAACAGUUACCAUGUUGGUGUAUUCAAUAUUUCUGUCUUCCAAAGAGCAUUGAUGAAGAAACCGAUGGUUAAAAUGACAUUGUACAGAUGUUUUCUGUAUACAGUAUUAUUCUUACAAUCAUUCAGUGCAUGGAAACCUUUUUGUUUAGCUAUUUAAUGCAUGGCUUUACUUGAAAACUUGCACAGAUGCAACAUGAAGAUCACAGACCUCAUUGAGGGUUGUUUUUAUUUUCUGAUUUUUUGGCAAAGCAUGUUUAGCAACACUUGGUCAUCGAUGCCUUAAUUUGCUGUGGGUUAAAUAUGUCUUUGACACUACAGUACCAGGGUCAUCCUUAUUUUAUUGGUCGUUUUAGCGUGUGGUUGGUACUAGUUUAACUUCUCUGUGUGGUUAAAUCAGAAUAUUCUGUUUAAAUGCUCUAAUUUGUUUGUUUCACUUAGAUGUCAGACACUGUUGUUACAGUAUAUACAAAAGUUUUUAAGAACAAAAUCCAACUUAUUUCUUUCUGGGUCCUGACUGGAAAUUGGCCUUGUAAAUGGUGUUGAUAAGAAACAAAAAAUCAUUUUAAAAACACUGAUUUGGUUAAUAUGUGAUGAUUUUAACCUAGUAAGAUCAAAUAAAUGGUGUUCGCUCGAGAGUUCCUAAUAGGUUUCGAUGUCCCACACUGUGCUCAUAUUUAGUAAGACACCAAAGUUAGAUUUAAAUAAUCAAACAUAAAACUACUAGUUUAUGACUUUUCAUCAGAAUAGGUUUAUUUUAUUUAAUAAAACUAGAUUGUGUCUCUGUGUGUGUGUAUAUAUAUAUUAUACUGUAUGUAUUGAUGACAGUUGUGUGUGUUGAGUUUUUUUUAUUGUUGAAGUGUUUUAAUUUUCUAGUGUCUGUAUUUGGUUAAAUUUAUGGCAUGUGUUCAUCACACUGCUCAUGAGGUUUUUGUUUUUUGCUAAUAGCGUUUAAUUUUUUAUUUAUUUUUAUUUAUAGUCAUUGUCAGUUUUUAUUUGAUGCCACCACAAUGAAAUUAAAACAAAAAAAAUAUUUUGUUUGGUUCUGUGAACCAUUACACUAUUAUGAUCAAUAAAAUGUUUAAAAUUGUAUAAAAAUAAAA